AUGGUGGCAGCAUCGCGAUGGAAAAAUGUUCUUGCUUUAUAUAUUCCGGGAGCAAUAUAUGUUAAUGAAAAUGCUUUAGACGUUACCUUGUAUGGUCAUAAACGAUUCAUACUUUUUCAUGAAUCUAUUCAUCGGAAAUAUAAUGAUAUGGCACAUAGUUUUGUGAUAUUAUUUUUAGGAAAACGCCGUGCGGAUAUUGAGGGUGCUUAUGGUACCACCUGUGCUUUAUGUGUCCGAGAGGCCAGCUAUUUUGCAUCAACUGAAGAUCAAAGUUAUGGUGGAAAAGGUUAUUUGUGUAGAGGCGAUUUUGAGAUUAUUGCUGAAGAUUUAGCACGCGAUAAUCAAUUGUGCUCAUAUCAUGAAAAGAAUAGAGUUUUAGCUAGGUUUUAUGAUCAUAUGAAAGUAUUUGGUAAUGAUCUCGCGGCUUCUGAAUAUCAAGAACUCGGAAAAGAAGCUCAAUGUGUUCUUGGUAUACCGGAAAAAUAUCAUGUGCCAAUUAAAAAAUUUCCUUCUUCAUUAACCUCAUUUCCUAUAGCCGCAUUGGCAACGCCUGAAGCAAUAUUUGUAAACGAAGUUAGGCUAAAUCAAGAAGCUUAUGGUGCUAAACGUUGUGUAAUGUUUCAUGAAGCGAUUCAUAAAAAAUAUAAUGAUGUAGGAUUUAAUCUAUUUAUUAAACUCGUCACUUUAUUUGGAUCUGGAUUUUUAGCUCGAAAACUGCUUUUGUAUUUUAAGCCUGCUAUUUCAAGAUGGAUAUCUUAUCCUGCUAUGAGUGCUAUAGCGCUGAUAACUAUGUGUAUAACUGCGCGUUGUUACUCUUAUUUUAUAGAACGAAGAGCUGAAAUUCAAGGCCAUUAUGCUACGGGCUGUUCACAAUGUGUUCAGGAAUCAGCAGCCAGAAGAUGCCGCCUUGCUGAAAUUGAUAAGAAUUUUUUAAAAAAUAAUGGUGGCUAUUUACUGGCGGAUACUCUUGCUGAAAUUGCGGAAGAUUUGAAAGCUCAAGGUAAAUUAUGUUCUUAUCAUACGACAUUAAAUGCUAAUAUAGAAGCUCAACCAACUAUAUAA